AUGGACGAGAUGGGCAUCUUCGACCGCUACAACGUCAGAGUCUUGGGUACCAGCAUUCAGACUCUGAAGACCUCCGAAGACAGAGACCUCUUCGCUCAAGCUCUCAAGGAGAUCGACAUCCCCAUUGCUGAGAGUAUCGCUGUCAGCACCAUUGAUGAGGCUCUUGAUGCAGCUGAAAAGGUCGGCUACCCUAUCAUUGUCCGUGCUGCUUAUGCCCUUGGUGGUCUUGGUUCUGGUUUCGCCAACAACCCCGAAGAGCUUCGCAACCUGUCUGCCCGUUCCCUCACUCUCUCUCCUCAGAUCUUGGUCGAGAAAUCGCUCAAGGGAUGGAAGGAGGCUGAGUACGAGGUCGUUCGUGACGCUUCCGACAACUGUAUCACCGUCUGCAACAUGGAGAACUUCGAUCCUCUCGGUGUUCACACUGGUGACAGUAUCGUCGUCUCUCCCAGUCAAACUUUCAGCGAUGAGGAAUACCACAUGCUCCGUACCGCCGCCAUCAAGAUUGUUCGUCAUCUUGGUGUCGUUGGUGAAUGUAACGUCCAAUAUGCUCUCCAGCCUGAUGGUCUCGACUACAGAGUCAUCGAGGUCAACGCCCGUCUCUCUCGUUCGUCUGCUCUUGCCUCCAAGGCUACCGGUUACCCUCUCGCCUACACUGCUGCCAAGAUUGGUCUCGGUCACACUCUCCCUGAGCUGCCCAACGCCGUCACCAGAACUACCACCGCCAACUUCGAACCCUCUCUGGAUUACAUCGUCACCAAGAUGCCUCGUUGGGACUUGAGCAAGUUCCAGAACGUCAAGCGUGACAUUGGCAGUGCUAUGAAGUCUGUCGGUGAAGUCAUGGCUAUCGGUCGUACUUUCGAAGAAUCAUUCCAAAAGGCUAUCCGUCAGGUUGACCCCAGAUUCCAUGGUGUCCAAGGUGACAAGUUUGAGGACUUGGACGAUGUUUUGGCAAACCCUACCGACCGUAGAUGGUUGGCUGUUGGCCAGGCCAUGCUCCACGAAGGCUACUCUGUUGACCGCGUCCACGACCUCUCCAAGAUUGACAAAUGGUUCCUCUACAAGAUUCAGAACAUCGUUGACACUACCCACGAACUCGAAGCCAUUGGCAGCCUUUACGGUGUCAAGAAGGAGCUUAUGCACAAGGCCAAGAAGCAAGGUUUCUCUGACAUCCAGAUUGCCAAGGCUGUGAACAGCACUGAGGACGAGGUCCGUGCUCGCCGCAAGAACUUCGGAAUUACCCCCUUCGUCAAGAAGAUUGACAGUAUGUACCACUCCCACACCAUUACAAACAUUUGUACUGACUCUUUUAAGCUCUCGCCGCGGAGUUCCCGGCUGACACCAACUAUCUCGUGA